AUCUUACAUAUGUAAUCAAUGUGGAAAGAAUUUCCAGUGUUAUGCCAAAUUGGCUCAACAUCAGAGAAUUCACACUGGAGAGAAGCCUUAUAAAUGUAAGGAAUGUGGAAAGCUUUCAUACAUCAUCCCAGUCUUGCUAAACAUCAGAGAAUCCACACUGGAGAGAAGCCUUAUAAAUGUAAUGAAUGUGGAAAGGCUUUUACACGGAGUGACAAUCUUCAUGAACAUCAGAGAAUCCACAGAGAGAAGCCUUAUGAAUGCAAUGACUGUGGAAAGGCUUUCACAUAUCACUCUUAUCUUAUUGCACAUAAGAGAAUCCACACUGGAGAGAAGCCUUAUGAAUGUAAUGAAUGUGAAGGCUUUCCACAGAGCUCCAGUCUUCAUAAACAUCAGAGAAUCCACACUGGCGAGAAGCCUUAUGAAUGUAAUGAAUGUGGAAAGGCUUUCAUACAGAGCUCCAGUCUUCGUAAACAUCAGAGAAUCCACACUGGCGAGAAGCCUUAUGAAUGUAAUGAAUGUGGAAAGGCUUUCAUGGAUCACUCCUACCUUGCUGUCCAUCAAAAAAUCCACACUGGAGAGAAGCCUUAUGAAUGUAAUGAAUGUGGAAAGGCUUUCACAAAGAGCUCUUACCUUGUAGCACAUCAGAGAAUCCACACUGGAGAGAAGCCUUAUGAAUGUAACGAAUGUGGAAAGGCUUUCACAAGGCACUCCCAUCUUGAUGCACAUAAGAGAAUCCACACUGGAGAGAAACCUUAUGAAUGUAACGAAUGUGGAAAGACUUUCACAUAUCACUCCAAUCUUGCUGUCCAUCAGAGAAUCCACACUGGAGAGAAGCCUUAUGAUUGUAAUGAAUGUGGAAAGGCUUUCACAAAUCGCUCCUACCUUGUAGUACAUCAGAGAAUCCACACUGGAGAAAAGCCUUACAAAUGUAAUGAAUGUGGAAAGGCUUUUGUGGAUCACUCCUACCUUGUAGUACAUCAGAGAACCCACACUGGAAAGAAGCUUUAUGAAUGUAAUGAAUGUGGAAAGGCUUUCACAAGGCGCUCCUGCCUUGUAGUACAUCAGAGAAUCCAUACUGGAGAGAAGCUUUAUGAAUGUAAUGAAUGUGGAAAGGUUUUCACACAGCUCAGCAAUCUUACUUCCCAUCAGAGAAUCCACACUGGAGAGAAGCCUUUUGAAUGUAAUGAAUGUGGAAAAGCUUUCAGAAGGCUCCUCCUUGUAAUACAUCAGAGAAUCCACACUGGAGAGAAGCCUUACAAAUGUAACCAAUGUGGAAAGGCUUUCACAAAGCGCACCUACCUUGUAGCACAUCAGAGAAUCCACACUGAG